AUGCAGGAGCCUGUGCAGCAGUGGAGAGUUAAGGAAGCUGAUUUGUUGGGGAUUGUGCAGACUGUUGUUGUAGAUUGUGGUCAAGCGGGGUUGGCAACUGAGGGAAGUGAUGCAGGUAAAAUUAAAGGAAGUGGAGUGGAUCAAAAUGCUGUAGAGAUUCAGGGUGUUGGAGAGGUAGAUAGGGUGAAUGGAGAUGGAGGGGAGGUACAGGCUGCAGAAGCAGUUACUGCAAAUGGUGGACAGCUGGACUUAGUGGUUGAGGGGCAGGUAGCUGGGGGAGGUACAGAGGUAGGAAAAUCUACUGUGAUGGAAGCUGAGUUAGACACUGAACAUGACUUUGGCACUGCAGAAGGGAGGGAACAAGAGAAAAAGGGCGAUGAGCCUGAUUCUGCAGGUGAGGCUACUGACAAUGUCAAGACUGACGCCACCCCAGACCUUGUCUCAAAUGGGGGAUCUCCUCUGAGCUUUGCUCAAAUAGUGAAGAGAUCAUCACCUCUAGGUGGGAGUCCUGUUGAUGUUGAGCAAAUGUCUGUGAGUGGUAGGUCACCAAUGACUGGGAGCCUUCGACCUCAGACAUCUCAGGGGGAUAAAGGGAAGGAGAACAGGCAGCCUCUUAUUGACAAAGGAAAAAGAGUUUGGGUGGAUUCUCCUCUGGUGCCUAUUCAGCCAAGGAGAGGAGGAAAAGGUGGGAAGGGGAGAGGUAAGAGAUGA